CUACUCCAAAACCCCUAAAGAAACAUAUCUCCAUCAAACCUCCUCUGCCGCCUCCCUUCACCCCCACCGCAAAACGCCACCGGCUAUCCAAUUUCAACGCCGGAAAAAUGCCAGCUUGCUAACGUGCGCCCAAGAUCCUAUUUUUAAACUUCCUCUGCCGCCAUCGCUACUACUUCCCUUUACCCCCACCGUAAAACGACACCGGAGAUCCAAUUUCAACGCCGGACAAUGCUAUCUUGCUAACGUGAGCCCAAGAUCUGCUAAAGUGCGCACUCCCACCCCAUAUCAUCACCGGAAAGCAAAGACCCAUGUCGGUCGCCGCCGGACAGAAGCCUGUACGGAAGUUUCCACCGCCGUGCUGGACUCGCGACGAGGCACUGGUUCUCAUCGAAGCUUACCGUGAACGAUGGUAUGCCCUCCACCGUGCGUUCCUCCGUACCCCCGAUUGGGACGCCGUGGCGGAAAAAGUAACCACCAGCUGCCCGGAUGUCAUCCCGCCAAAGACCUCCGCCCAGUGCCGCCACAAGAUGGAGAAGCUCCGCCAACGCCACCGAGCAGAAAAACAGCGCGCCUCCGCCUUCUCCGGCGAACGGUUCUUCUCUUCCUGGUUCUAUUUCGAAGCCAUGGAAGCCAUGGAAAACGGAUCCAACUCCGAACCCGGUUCUAAUCAUCUCAUAGAUUCACAAAUCCCAUCUCAGAAUCUAAAUUCGGAUCGUGGAAUUCGAUUCAAACCAUCCGCCGUCCAAAAUUUGGUCACUUUAGCCACCAGUUCCACCAGAAAUAGCAUGAAAUCAAAACUUAAUUCGGGUUCUAGGGUUUCAAAACGUUACCCAUCAUAUCCCAAUAACGGGUCGAUUCACGAAGAAGAUGAAUGUCUUGUAGAAACCCCAAUCGAAGAGACCUCGAUUCCAAAUAAAGAAUCAAAAACCCACAAAGAUGGAUGGCUUAUAGAAGCCCCAGUUAGAGAAGCAAAACCCCCCAAAAAUUCUCCAAUUCAAGAUUCCAGUCGACCGGGUCUUAGACCUCGCAAAUUCAGCAAAAGCGUUGACGAAGAUGAAGAAAUGUGGAUCAAAGUGCCAAAGAAGACAAGUUUAUCAAGUGGAAAACACGAAAACGAAAAGAAUGGGAAGGACUUGAAGCAGGGGAAGAAGAAGAAGACGAAGAAUGAUGGGAUAUCGGAAAUGGUGUCGUCGAUCAAGUUAUUGGGAGAUGGGUUUAUGAAGAUGGAGAAGAUGAAGAUAGAUAUGGCGAGGGAGAUUGAAAAGAUGAGAAUGGAAACAGAGAUGAAACGUAACGAGUUGAUGAUGGAGUCUCAGAAACAGAUUAUGGAUGCAUUUGUGAAUGGUUUGAUGGAAUCAAGAAAACAGAAGCAGCCAACAACAAUGGCUGAUUUGUAAUAUGAUAAGAAUUUAGAAGAAGCUUUGAUCUUCUUUCUUCUUCAAGAAUCAAUCUUUUUAUGUAGAGAAGUGAUUAGAUGUAUAAAAUCAUGAAAACAGUUUGUGUUUUUUGAUCCACCGCUAGUUGUUGCGUGUUCUUAUCUGCAUUCAAACUGAAAACCCAUGUGGGAGCUUCGUCCCAACCUGUAAAUGGUAAGUAUUUACCUUCUGCUAACUGUAAAAAAAGUAAGAACAGAAACUCCACGUGUUUUUGUUUUUGU